CGGCGCUACUCGUUAUGGGACGGACUCUGGAUUCUGGCCGCCGUGGCCGUGUACUUCGCAGACGUGGGCACGGACCUCUGGCUGGCGGUCGACUACUAUCUCCGAGGCCAGCGCUGGUGGUUCGGGCUCACACUUUUCUUCGUGCUGCUCGGUUCCCUCUCGGUGCAGGUCUUCAGCUUCCGUUGGUUCGUCCACGACUUCAGCAGCGAGGACAGCGCCUCGGUGGCCCCUGCCUCCUCUUCUGCCGGACACGGCGAAAGCAAACUGCUGGUGAGCAGCGGCUCGGCCGCGGGGGAUAUGGACGCCGGGGCCCGGCCGGCCACGCCACAGAGGCAAGCAUCCAAUGCCAGCAAGGGCAACGCAACUAACAGCAGUAACAGCAGCACCACCAACGCGACCAGCACCACCAGUGGAGGAGGUGGAGGUGGCGGCUGCAGCGGCAUCCGGACCCCCAAGAGCCGAUCUGCCUCCUGCUCCUUCUGCAUCUGGCUUAUGCAGUCCCUUAUCCACAUCCUGCAGCUCGGGCAAAUUUGGAGGACGAACAUGAAUGGAUAGGGGAAAUGGAAAGCUUAAAAGGCAAAAAGAAGAAGGAGAAGGAGAAGGAGAAGGAGAA